GUCUAGUCGAGGCAGCCGAGCCGAUAAGACGUACUGCCAUGCUUCUCUAUCAAUCUGAAUCGUGUUCCGUAUUCUCGUUUGAACUAGUUACUGUCAGUUAAAGCUUUUCAAGGUGUUUUUAUUUAAAACAUACUAAAAUGUCAGGAACCUGUGGCGUCUGCAAUGUUAAUUUAAGCUCUAGUAAGACUUCGGAUGUGGUUGCAUGUUCCGGUAGCUGCAAAAAAUCUUUUCAUCUUGCCUGCAUAAAAGACGAUAGUGAGGAGACAAAAGUGCGUUCUGUGAAGCAAUGGAGAUGUAAAGACUGUCGUGAUUUCAAUAGUCUGAUUUCGGAUUCCAAUGCCAACAUUACCAAGGAUUUUAUGCGAAAGGUACUGGAAGGUUUCAGGAAUGACUUCUUCCGAGAACUUAAAUUAGUGAGAGAUGAAAUGGCAGGAGUGGUUGAAUCGAUUGGGUUCCUAUCAGAUAAGGUCGACGCAAACAAUAGCUUAUUGGAUGAACUAAGAAAGGACGUUACUAAACUGCAAAACGAAAACAAAUUUUUGCGAGCAGCCAAUGCAUCUGUUAAUGCGGCCAACGACGUCAUGCAAGAGCGGAUUAGAGCGUUGGAACACGUGUGCCCAGCUUCCGAAACGACCGACCGCCGUCCCUCGUCGUCCAUCUCAGCUGUCGAGCCGUCAGGGAUGAGUGGAUCAAACGUUUCAAGGAAAAUAGGAAUGCUGCCACUGCCGACAGAAUAAACGCGUCCUUUCCAAAGCAAAAAGUGUUUGUGAACGAGCAUCUUGCCCCAGUGAACAAAUUGUUUUUAUCCAAAUUAAAAAAGAAGUGCCGAGCCAUAGGGUACACGUACGUAUGGUUUCGUGAGGGAAAAUUCUUUGUUAGGAAAUCGAAUGGUGAGAGAUGUCAGAGAAUUGUGACCGAUGCUGAUAUUGAAAAUCUGAAGUAGGUUAUUUUAUCGGAGUGAUAGAGAUGUUUCAAUAUUGGAAAAUGUUUUUGAUUGUAUUUAAUUUUAUUUUAUUUGUUUUCAUAUAUUAUGUUAAUUUAAGUUUUUGUAAUUUCAUAUUUUGGUAUGGAGGAUGAUAACGAUUAUCUACAUGCAUUGAAUGAUAUCUUUUUUGAAA